CCUGCGCAUGCCUCGCACGCGCUCACACGCUCUUACAAGCUGCUCGAGCGGCCGCGAGCGCACAUCCUCCAGUCCGUUCCGUCGUUUGCACUCGCCGCGCUUUUCCGUGUCUGCGCGGCGGCACGUUGCAGGUUUUGUGUAAACCUUAGAUGUGAUGAGCGGAAACACCGCGCGUCUCUGCGGGGCGACUGCAGCUGCUCUCCGCACUUCUGCGAGAUUGGUGGAGUUACGCGCACGCAGUGGUGUCCUACCUCCAGCGCGUUCAGCGCCUCGUGGGAUGUGAUUUAACAUUUUGAUGAGGAGCCCGUGCUCGCUUUCCUGCUGUGGAGCUUCCAGCGCGUGAAGAGGAGCGACACCAGCAUGGUCUCGUGGCUGAAGUUGUUCCUGCUGAGCGGCGUCUGCCUCGCCUGGUCUGAGGACAGGCUGGCCAAUGGGAUGUGUCGCUAUGGUAACAGGGUGGCGUGCUGCUGGGGAUGGACACAAGAGACCUGGGGACGAUGUAGACCAAUGUGUGAGCUGGGCUGUAAACACGGGAAGUGUGUUGGACCUGAUCAGUGCCACUGUCACGCAGGAUACACGGGCAAGACGUGCAACCAAGAUUUGAAUGAGUGUGGGUUGAAGCCCCGGCCCUGUCUAGACCGCUGCAUGAACACUCUGGGCAGCUAUAAGUGCUACUGUCUCCACGGCUACAUGACCAUGAGGGAUGGAACAUGCAGGAAUGCCCGCACGUGUGCCAUGACUAACUGUCAGUAUGGCUGUGCCGUGAUGAAGGGAGAGGUUGUGUGUCAGUGCCCAUCGCCAGGGUUACGUCUUGCCCCAGACCGCCGUACCUGUGUGGAUAUUGAUGAGUGUGUGACAGGAGAUGCAAGGUGUCCAAGGUUUCGGAAGUGUGUGAAUACAUUCGGUAGCUACAUCUGCAGAUGUCACAGGGGUUUUGAGCUUCACUACGUCAAUGGCAAGUACCAGUGCACAGAUAAAAAUGACUUCUCUAUCUGCCGUGACAAGCCAGGCUCCAAGAACUGCAAAUGUAAAACUGCUACAUAUGGGAAGGGCUAUGACUGCAAACCUCUCAUUAAAGUGACCAUUCAGCCAGCCAGACCAGCAACAACAUCAAGACCUACAACCAAAAUCACCACUGCAACAACCACCAGGACUUCCACUCCUCCAACCAUAACUGCCUCAGCCAAGAGACCUGUCAUGACCACAACAUCCACAAUGAUAAUCACAGCAACAAUCACUUCACCAACAACCAUGGCCACUUCAACAAGUCCUCCAUCAACAACCCCAACUACUGUAGCUCCAACAACACCAACUACUGCAGAUCCAACAACCCCAAAUACUGCAGAUCCAACAAGCCCAACUACUGUAGCUCCAACAACCCCAACUACUGUAGCUCCAACAACCACAGCUAUUGCAGAUCCAACAACCCCAACUACUGUAGCUCCAGCAACCCCAACUACUGCAGAUCCAACAACCCCAACUACUGUAGCUCCAGCAACCCCAACUACUGCAGAUCCAACAACCCCAACUACUGGAGCUCCAACAACCCCAACUACUGCAGAUCCAACAACCCCAACUACUGUAGCUCCAACAACCCCAAAUACUGGAGCUACAACAUUCACAUCCACUGUAACUACAACAACCCCAACUACUGUAGCUACAAGACAUCCAACCUCUGUGGCUACAACACUUCCUACCAUUGUUCCAACAACACACACACUCACACACACAACACUGGGGCUAUUUACCCUAACAACCAAAAAUACCACAACCACAACCACCCCCAGACCUGUUUCCACAACAACCAUCACAAUGACAACAGCCACCCUAGCAACCACUGCAGCUCCACCUAGCUCAUCAGCGCCCUCUAUAGAUCCACUGAUCACCAGCACCCUGGAUAACCGCAUCCAGGACAUAACUCAUCGACCCCGAGGAGAUGUGCACAUCCCACGCAACACUGGAGAGAACAGCCUGUUUGAUCUGGACUUUGAUAUCGAGCUGGGGAACACAGAGGGAUACGCCCGUGACGAUCCGGGUGCUGGCUCCUUAAGCUGCUCCUUUGAUCAUGGUGUGUGCAGCUGGAUGACUGAUGGUGAGGGUGAUUUGCACUGGGAGGCAGUGGAUGAUCCAGCAGGUGGGCGGUAUCUGAUAGUACCGGAGGCCACAACUGGACCAAGUGUCAAAGGGGCGCGGCUCACCAUUCCUUUAGCCCCGCCCCUGAUUCGAAUUUGGCAAGGGGGAGACCUCUGUCUGUCAUUCAGGCACCUCCUUUCGGGGCAUCACACUGGCUCCCUGCAGGUGUUUGUAAGGAAGGGGCAGAGUCACAGCCCUGCGAUCUGGACCAGAACUGGAGGCCAGGGCUGGAGGAACACCCAAAUCACAGCAUGGGGGCGGGGCCUCGAAAGUGUGGUGCUGAAGGGAGAACGGAGGAAGGGUGGAAAGAUCGCCGUCGACGACUUCCGCUUACAGCGAGGAGCCUGCCGUGAUAGUGGCAGAGAGUAACACACACACACACUACAACUGUCAGUCAUUACAGAGAGGACCUCAAGCUUGCUGCUCUAUACUGUCACUGAUCUCCAUGGUGACUGGUCAACACUGUCACUGAUCUCCAUGGUGACUGGUCAGUGCUGUCACUGAUCUCCAUGGUGACUGGUCAGUGCUGUCACUGAUCUCCAUGGUGACUGGUCAACACUGUCACUGAUCUCCAUGGUGACUGGUCAACACUGUCACUGAUCUCCAUGGUGACUGGUCACCGCUGUCACUGAUCUCCAUGGUGACUGGUCAGUGCUGUCACUGAUCUCCAUGGUGACUGGUCAACACUGUCACUGAUCUCCAUGGUGACUGGUCAACACUGUCACUGAUCUCCAUGGUGACUGUCCAGCACAGUGGGACAUAUGGGACAGUGACGUUUCUUCAGGACUCCUGGGAGGAGGGUGUGAAGCGCCCAGGUGUCCGCUGUGUGAUUGGUGCAAGUCUCCUUCUCUGCCAACACUACAAAGCUGAACAUAAAGUGAAAUUUAGCGACCAAGAAGGGAGUGCAGCUUCAAACAAUGACAUCACAGCGUAAACGUUCUGAAGAGUGUGCGUUUUUCCUUUUCAUAACAGUUGUAAAUAUUUAACUCAGCUUGAAUGUCCUUUACAGUGGCAUGUUAACUGUUUGAAACCCAUGAGACGCUCACAGUCACAGACAUAGACAGUCACCAGUCUGGAAAGUUCUUUACUGUUCCUACACCAUUACAGGCCAGCCAGUGCUAAACCAUUACAGUAGCACAGCUGGAGGUGGCCAGCAUGAAACAUUUAUUCUCGUGUUUUGUGGUUCAGAAUCUACUUCUGUUACUCUGCGUAUUUAUUACUGAUGCAAUGUAACAUUUAAUCAUUUUUAAUAAAAUAACAAUAAUAAGGGGUUUAUGAAUUCUUAUGUUUGCUGAGAACUCUGCAUACUACAAACCCACAUUAUGGUUGCGUUCUGUUCACGCUAAUUUAUGUUUGUGAUAAUUGAAUUUUAUGAGAAUUAAAUGACACCUUUUGUGAUUGUCAGUAUUACAAUAACUUCA